AGGAAAAGGCAGGAUUGAACAUUUCUUAAAAGUUUUAUCUCCCCCCCCCCCUCCCCCGGGUUCCCAGUCGCCAUCAUGAUGUCCUACUUGAAGCAGCCCCCGUACACGGUCAACGGACUCAGUUUGUCCGCCCCCGGGGUGGACUUGCUGCACCCUUCCGUGGGAUACCAAGGUAAACAAAUAAGCGCGUAUGCAGGCACGCCGAGGAAGCAGAGGAGGGAGAGGACCACCUUCACCCGGGCCCAACUGGACGUGCUGGAGAACCUGUUCACCAAGACCCGCUACCCGGAUAUCUUCAUGAGGGAGGAGGUGGCCCUGAAGAUCAACCUGCCCGAGUCAAGAGUGCAGGUAUGGUUCAAAAACCGCAGGGCCAAGCACCGCCAGCAGGCCCAGCAGACCCAAGGCGGGGCCCCGAGCAAGGCGUCCAGCGCGAGGCCGGUGAAAAAGAAAGCCUCCCCGGUCCGGGAGGCCAGCUCGGACAGCGGAGCGAGCGGCCAGUUCACGCCGCCCACCAACGCCUCUCUGCCGGCAGUGAGCAGUGCACCGACGCCGGUGUCCAUCUGGAGCCCGGCCUCUAUCUCGCCUCUAGCCGACCCCCUGGCCACUUCGUCGGCUUCCUCCUGCAUGCAGCGCUCCUACCCGGUGACGUACACCCAGGCCACCUCGGGCUACAACCAGGGCUACGGGGGCUCGUCGUCCUACUUCUCCGGCAUGGACUGCAGUUCGUAUCUCUCGCCGAUGCACCACCACCACCACCACCACCACCACCACCAGCUGAGCUCCACCAUGAGCCCCAUGAGCGGCGGAGGCGGCGGCGGGGGGGUGUCCAGCCACCUGAGCCCGGCGUCGUCGCUCUCCGCGUCGGCGUACGGCUACGGAGGCAGCGCGGACUGUCUGGACUAUAAGGACCAGUCGACUUCGUCCACGUGGAAGCUCAACUUCAACACGGAUUGUUUGGAUUACAAAGAGCAGCAGGCAGCGUGGAAGUUCCAGGUUUUGUGAUGCGACUUCCAGGCCCCGGAGGGGGCGGGUCAGAGGCGGCCGGGGGACACUUCUUCUACCUCGGGCGGACAAAGCACGACUGCAGCCUCUUCGUCUUCUUUUCAUCAGAGCAUUCACACUUCCAACUUUGAUCAAGGACUGGAACAUUACAUGGGGGGACAAAAUACACCAAUUCGCGAAGUUUGAAUAAGCUUUUGGAGAGUCCUAAUUGGGAUCAAAGCUGAUGCGUGUGAGACCUCUGACACGGAUGCACUACUUAAUUUAUGACAAAUAUGUUUAAAAACGAAAGACAAUCAAGCCCUUCCCCCAUAUUUUUGUCUUCACCCACUCUUUUUCUUCAUUCAAUGUUUUUCUACAUUAAUUUUCUUAAUUUUAUUUUGUUGUUGUU